CUUAUUCCGAAUCCCCCACGCCACUCUCUGUGAUGCCCCGGGGAAGGGAGGUUCGCUGCCAUGACUGUGGGCGUUUACCGUGCUGCGGUGUUCCUGUGGGUCGCCGUCACGCUGAUACAGGGAAAAUCGAGACCCGUCCCCGUUGUGAGCGGCGUCGUCGGCCAAGACACAGCUCUGCCAGCGGAGAGUGAUGACGCCAAAGACACAGGGGAAGGAAUCACACCUUGGGGGAGUGCCUCUCAGACAUUGUGGGGAGGUGAUACCAACUACCCCUGGGGAGGUGAUGACUAUCCUUGGGCAGGUGAUGACGACUCUCCUUGGAGAGGUGAUGACGACUCUCCUUGGGGAGGUGAUGACGACUCUCCUUGGGGAGGUGAUGACUAUCGUUGGGGAAGGAGAUGGCGACUUUCAGUGGGAAGGUGGAGAUGGCAGUUCGUUGGAAGAUCUAAAUCACCAAGACGUUUUUCUUAUAAGGGGAGGUGACACACAUGCCCCCUGGGGAGGUGACACACAUGCCCCCUGGAGGGAACCACCCUGGGGAGGUGACACACAUGCCCCCUGGGGAGGUGACACACAUGCCCCUUGGGGAGGUGACACACAUGCCCCUUGGGUAGAUGACACACAUGCCCCUUGGGGAGAUGACACACAUGCCCCUUGGGGAGAUGACACACAUGCCCCUUGGGUAGAUGACACACAUGCCCCUUGGGUAGAUGACACACAUGCCCCUUGGGUAGAUGACACCCAUGCCCCUUGGGGAGAUGACACAUGCCCCUGGGGAGAUGACACAUGCCCCUUGGGAGAUGACACAUGCCCUGGGGAUUGACACUCAGCUCCUUGGGGAUGACCUUCAGACCCCUGGGAGUGACACUCAAGCCCUCUGGAGAGGAGAAGCUCAAGGUGUACGAGAUGAGCCUCAUGUCCCACUGGGAGAUGGUAUUCAGGUCCCACCGGGUGGUGGUACUCGGGCCCCAUUGGAUAAUGGGAUUCAUAUUCCUGGUGAUGGUUCUGAGACCCCUUCAGGCGAUGUCUCUCAGAGCUCGUCGGGAGAUGGCACUCAGAUCCCUUCGAGUGAUGGCUCUUCAGUCCUGUUGGAACAUGGCACUCAACUCUCAUGGGAAGUUGGCUCUGAGGGCUCUUGGGGUGACACAACAAAUUCAUUGAGAGAUGGCACUCCAUCAUUCCUGGGAGGUGAAACUCACAACACUUUAGCAGAAGAUCCGCAGAGUAUUUGGAACACGGGAGAUGGCGACACAACCAAUCCUUGGGGAGAAGAUGCUGGUACUCAGGACUACUAGGAGGACAGUCCCGAAUAAAGGACUUUGCACGCUCAGAUCCAGUGGCAAUAUUUGGUCAGCUGGUUGAGCGACAGUGCUGGUGAGUCAUUUCCUUUCUUCCUAGGACCCGAAGUCCAGACAUUUCACCAGGAAGGCACAACUAGCAACGACCAACAGGACACGCUUUACUUUGCACUGGAGGACGUCCUAGAGCAGAUCCCGUCCUACAGCAACGAAAAGGUUCCACAGUUCUUGUCGUAUCUAAGGCCUAUAGAAGCUGGCUAUUCUUUUGACUUUGCAGAAGAGGAGAAUGGCAAGAAUCAAUACACUGAGAAACAGUUGGAUGUUGAGCAGUACUUCGAUCCCCUCUCCUAUGGGAAUGGCAAACGUGGACUUCAUGAGCCUAUGCUUCUUCCUGAGAUGCCUAAGGUAGAGGGCCAAGAAAGCCAGGGGGAGGAGCACAUGUCUAAAGAGAUGAUAGAUCACUUGGGUUUUGAAGUGACCAACCCCCUAGAAGUAAACAAAGGCAAGCUAUACCAGAUGGACAUGCUGAUCCCUGAGGAGCAGAUGGACCACGUCAUAAGGGACCUUGAGACCAACGGCGCCGAGGGAAAGAAAGCCAUUUCGGACACACGAUACCACUGGCCUGUCGGGCGUGGGGGGUAUCCGCUCGUGCCCUUUGUCUUUGCGGACGCAAAGGUCGACCGAGGCAUCUGCUCGAAGGCGAUGGCCGAGUGGAUGGCUCACACUUGCGUCCAGUUCGAGGAGGCGGAGCCAGGGACGCGGGCACCCCACCUGCAGUUCAUUCAGGGCAAUGGCUGCUUUUCCUUCAUCGGCCGCAUCUGGUUUUACAGGGGACAGCAUGUCUCCAUUGGUAGGAACUGUCGCACGUACGCAGCUGUCCAUGAAAUUGGCCACGCCCUGGGCCUCUUCCACGAGCAGUCUCGGCCGGACCGCGACAGGGAAAUUCACGUGAACACCGAAAACAUCCAGAGCAGCUCCAAGUUUAACUUCGAGACGGCGAAGUUCAACCUCAUAAACGACUAUGGGGUCAAGUACGAUCUCACGUCCGUAAUGCACUACAGAGCGAAGACCUAUUACAACGGUGGUCUGACCUUGUCCACUAUCAACCCACUUCACCAAGAACUAGUUGGUAGCAUGGAUACGUUGAGUUACAGAGACAAGUUGCUGGUCAAUCGCAUGUACAAAUGUAUAGAUAAAUGGUUAAAAGCAUGCGGGAUGAAAACGGACCCUUGCAAGAACGAGGGUUACAUGGGUGUGAACUGUACCUGCAUUUGUCCUCCAGGAACGUGUGGCGAGUACUGCCAGUAUCAGGUUGAGGAUUAUUAUGAUACUUUCCUGUCUGGUUGCUCAGAGAACAUAACCGUCGCCUCAACCAUACAGUCUGUAGAUUUUCCAAAGCCUAUACCAGCAGGCGUGAAAUGCACCAAGUGGAUAAUACCCCCAGAGUGCCAUCAGGUGGAGCUGACCUUCACCUUCUUCUCCAUGUACUUGCGCAUUCAGUGCCAGAACAGACAAAGGUGCUGCUACUGGGAUGGACUCGAAAUCAGGACCAAGAGCCCUUAUACAGGGACGUGGUACUGCGGCAACGAGAUCUCCCCGGGCCAUAAGUUCACCCACUCCAAGAGCAUAAUCCUCUACUACCACGCUACAUCUCGUUUCUCCAAAGGAUGGCAAGCGCAGGUCAGGUUCCUCCCUAUAGCAGGAUGCAGGAAGCAAGGACGAGCUGGCACAGAGAAGCCCAUGCUGCCUGAGGAACUGAGCAGGACGGUGUUCAAUACGAUGACCAUCUUUUCCUUGAACACCGCUGUGAACGAGUUCCUCCCGCCCAAAGGAGACGCAGGGAAGUGUGGUCUCCAGGAGGACCUCGGGAACGUGCACUGGAACUCGCCCCUUUAUGGCUUCGAAAAGUAUCCGCGGAACUUCUCGUGUUUUUUCACCGUGGUUCCUAACUUCCCGGUCGCAGUCAACGUGAAGUUUGACUACUUCAAACUGCAGCCGAGGGUCAGAGAGGCGUGUGUGGACAGUGUCGACUUGGUAGAACCCUUCAGCCAAGAAACGAAGUUCUGUGGAUCGCAGACAAGCAUGAUUCUCCUCCCAAGCAGUGCCUUUACAGCAAGAUUCGCCUCCAACAUGAACUACAAUUAUCAAGGCUUCAACAUCACUUUCGAGUCCUUGGGCGAUUCGGCUUGCCAUAAGAUUAUAAAUGUAGCUGCAGGAGAGACUGGAAUGAUCACCACACCAAACUACCCUGGUCUGCAUGGACGAGGGUGCGCGUGCGAGUGGUGGAUCAUUGCUCCCGCAAGCAAGAAGAUCAAGAUUUUAAUCGCGGGUAAAAGGAUCGGUCGAUGUCAUGAAAAUUACCUCGUGGUGGAUCUUCAGGGAACCAGGAGCUAUUAUAGGCCGUUAAGCUCAAGAGUCUGUGGAGAAAAUAAUCUGCCAGUCUCACUCCUUUCUUCUGGCAAUGAGCUGAACGUGGUGUAUAAAUCCAUGAGGAAUUCGAAAGGAUUCCAUAUUCAGUAUGAGGUUGUGUAACUUUUCACGCUAAAAUUUUAUGGCAUUAUAAUUGUAUAAAUAAUCAGUUUUACACUGUUGUUAUUUUAUCUAUUUAUUGUUCAAAGGCGUUGUGUGAAUACUGCAGAUCUUUAAUCCUAACGGUUGCAUAAUUGAUAUUUUAUUACUGUGUAAAAAAAUUAACUUUUAUAUUGUACAAUUUUUAUCGAACUGAUUGAUGAGGGUCCAAAACAGAUUUAAUCUAGAAUAUUUGUGUUAACUUUUUUUGUAAUAAUAAUGCUUUCAUAAGUCUAAAAGAAUUUUUUUUAACAUGUCUGAUAAAAAUGAAAUCCGGAUUUUCAGGUUUCCUACAGGAAACUGGACUCCAGUCUGUUUUUUUUAUGUCUCUAGUAACUAGGAUAUAAUAGUCCUUUUAUGUUUUACGACCUUUUAAUGGUUGUUCAAUAAAAAAUCAAAUAUAGGUAAAAAAAAAAAAAAGUCUACCAUUACUACGGAAAGAAAAGGGAACAGUAUUAGUAAUUACUAAAAGCUAAAUGAAGAAA